AAUGAAGGCGCGUACUCUCUUGCCGCAUGCGCGAGGCUGGAGACCAUAGGUGGUGGGGUCAGUGACGAACCGCCGGAGGGCGCAUGCGUGUUAUUUGCAUAGCGGUUCGCUUUUGGAAGCGGCCGAAGAGGGCGGGGUUUGGAGCGGGAAAUCCGUUGUGCCACGCAUGCGCAGUGCCGGGUCAGCGGGGCGGGGCUCGGCUUGUGCUCAGCUGACGCCGGAGCCUUGGGUUGAGAGGGUCGGUUAGCGGCGGCCUGGUCGGGCGGAAAGAGGCGGGCCCCCCCCCCAUGGCGACCACCGUCAGCACCCAGCGGGGCCCGGUGUAUAUUGGUGAGCUUCCUCAGGAUUUCCUACGUAUCACCCCAACACAGCAGCAGCAGCAGAUCCAAUUGGAUGCACAGGCAGCUCAACAGUUACAGUAUGGAGGACCGAUGGGCACAGUGGGCAGACUCAGCAUCACUGUAGUACAGGCAAAACUGGCAAAGAACUAUGGUAUGACUCGCAUGGAUCCAUACUGUCGCGUACGGCUUGGCUAUGCUGUGUAUGAAACUCCUACAGCACAUAAUGGAGCCAAAAACCCACGCUGGAACAAAGUUAUUCAGUGCACUGUUCCCCCGGGUGUGGACUCUUUCUAUCUUGAGAUAUUUGAUGAGCGAGCCUUUUCAAUGGAUGACCGCAUCGCCUGGACACACAUUACUAUUCCUGAGUCUCUGAAACAAGGAAAGGUGGAGGAUGAGUGGUAUAGCCUGAGUGGAAGGCAGGGUGAUGACAAAGAAGGAAUGAUUAACCUGGUCAUGUCGUAUACGUCCAUACCAGCUGCCAUGAUGAUGCAGCCGCAGCCAGUGGUCCUGAUGCCCACAGUAUACCAGCAAGGAGUUGGAUAUGUACCUAUUGCAGGAAUGCCUGCAGUCUGUAACCCAGGCAUGGUACCGGUGGCAGUACCACCUCCAGUCAACCCUCAGCACGUGUGUAAUGAAGAGGAUCUGAAAUCAAUCCAAGACAUGUUUCCCAAUAUGGACAAGGAAGUAAUUCGUUCAGUGCUAGAAGCCCAGAGAGGGAACAAGGAUGCAGCUAUCAACUCGUUACUUCAGAUUGCAGAAGAGUUAUAGACCCCAACCCCUGCAUUGUCUCUGUUCUUGAUGCCACCUUUAUUUUGACUUGCCAAGCCAGGAAUUUAGGUAGAGGAAGAAUUUCCUAACAGAUUCCUGUGAGCAUUCUGUCUGAAAGAGCUUGUACCCCUUUUUCUCCUUGGAUAUUUGCACAUUUUUUUCACUUUCUCUUUUACAGUUUGUUUUACAUAUGUUCCACAGAAGCUUUUUUGUUAAUACCAGCCUUAUCAUAUGUGGCUAUAUUGCUUUCAGGGGGUGUGUGUGUGUGGGUAUGCUGCUUUUUUCUUCCUUCUCUCUCUCUCUCUCUCUGUAAACAAGAGCGUGUUCAUAUGAUCUCUCUCAAUACUAUGCAGUACAGGAUUUACUGCUCUGUCUGUUAGAUGGAAGAGUUAUGUUUUCUGGGAGUUAGAUUUUUUUUCUUUACAUACUGCUUUUAAUAAAAUGUUUGUUUCAGUAAGCCACCUGUUUCUGCCAGAGAUAUAAAAAAUGAUUACACAAUGCCCUUUGGUUUGUCCUGUGGUGUUCAGUUAUUGUUGUGAAUAGUCCAACUAUUCUUAACAUAGUUUUAAAUCUACUAACAAGCUGGCUUUCUUGUUGUAGCCUUUAGUGUUUCUAAUUAGGUAGCCCCACCCACCUAUCCUCGUGAUUGGGCACCAAAGCAAUAUAUAUAUCUUUCUUUGGCAUUUUGGGGCUCAAUCCUACCAUGUGAUGUUGCUGUACUAGUGAAAUCUGCAGGAGAUGGUUUUCUAGAUACAGCAAUACACACUGCAUCAGAGGACAGGAUUGGGCCCUAAUGUGUUCCUGCAGUUACUUGCACUCUUCUUGCUUCUACAUUCCUGUGAUUAUUCCAAAGGAUGAAUGCAGAAGGAAAGAUUUUUAUACCUGGAAAAUUAUGUAUAAAAUAAGCAUUUAAUUAUUUAAGGAGCUGUCUUGUCAUAAGAAAACAUGGGUUUUGGGUUUUUUUAAGUAUCGCAUUUAUGAUUUAAGAAGAAACAUGCUACACUCACUCCUGUUUUUCAGUAAAACGGUCUUUUUGCAUGGAGAAAAAAUUACUUUUUAAUGAGGAAAGGUGUUUUGGUAGUUCGGAAUACAGAGUAGCAAAGAGCUGCAGAAUCUUCAGAAGGUAUAAAGUAUUUAAAGAACUUGUUUCGAUGAUUCAUUGAGUUACAUUGAUCUUAAUUAAUUCAAUUGAAUUGUAUGCAUACAAAUAUCAAAACUAUCUUGAGAUAAUGGAAAAUCUGACAUAUCCUAAAUUGGCAGACCCUCAUAAAGGGGAAGGACAGUGCAUACAGUCAUUGCAUGUGUUAAUGUGUAUGCAACAUUGUAGCACAGAAUUGCAGAGCCUCUGGAGAGGGAACAGAUUAUACCUGUUUUGAUAAAUUUCUGCAGCUUCUUAAUUUUUUUUAAAACUGCAAAACAAUGCACUUUAAGUAGUAUGCACAAAUUUAUUUUCAAUAAUGUGCAAUGUCACUGUUCUGGUUUUUGGUGGUGGUUUUAAAACUGCUUUACAAUACUUUCUGCAAUAGCCAUAGCUUGUAUUUUCUUCGUGUUUGAAUGUACACUUGAAAUACAGGAUCUCGAGUGGUUCAUGAGAACUUUAGUAAGCAGGUUUGGAAUAAGGAAAGAGCCUUUAUUCUCUCUCCUUCUCUUUUUUCUUCUUCCCUAAGCACAAGAUUCUUCUAUAUUUAUGAAUAAACUGCUUUCCCCAAUAUCUUUGUUUGUGUGGGGUUGGAGAGUUUUUAAAUACAGUACCAAAAUUGCCCUGGUUUUCUUUCACUGGUUGAUUUAAAAAAAAAAAAAAAACGAACAAAAAUCCUUUUUCAUGAUGUCAGACAUUCACUUGUUAGUUAUGUCAAAAAUUCCCCAUUGUCUUAAUUGGCAGACUUACAUCUUGUAAAAAUUUAGUUGUCUUCACAUUCUCCCACUGGUUUUACAUUUUCCUAAGAAUUCAAGGCUACAGUCUCUCUCUGCAUUUUACCUGCACAGCCCAUUACAACUUUACCUUUUGCGUCUCUAGAAACAGUUUUUUGUCAGGAAGCUAGCCUUGCUCCUCUUAUUCGUAGCCUGUGUCAUCACAUGUUAAUCACAAAACUCAACACUAGAUUGAGCAUCUGGUUUUUAUCUUCAUAGCACAGUGACUUCUUGUGGCAUUGCCAGCCUACAUUUUAAAGCAAAAGAUGAUCAUCACUCAAGUUCUUGGUAAAAAUUUAGGGAUGAGUCCCUUGCUAUAACACUUGUACAAAUGGUAUGAAUUGCUAGGGUAGAACAAUUCAGGGAAAAUGUAUAUAAUAAAGAUUUAUGUAUAGUUACUUGGAGUCUACACUAGCAGAUUUUUCUAAAGCAAGUGGUCAUGGUUUGAUUGAUAGUUGAUUGUGUCUGGGAAAGUAAUUUUGCUGUCACCUGAGAUUGUAUUGCUAAUUCUAUUAUGGCUGAAAUGUAAGCAUAGAACAAACAGCUCUGAGUGCUCUUAAUAAUUAGGAGGAGGAAGUGAGUGUUUGAAUUUCUGGGGACCCUUACAUUUUCCAUGGGACCUCUAGACCUACUGGAAGUCCUUUUUUGUAAGAUGCAUUUGUUAUAUGAAGUGUAGCAGAGAGAAGCUGCAUAGAUUGAAGGUGGGUAGUUUUUAGAAGCAAUAUGGCCUAUAAGUUGGACUCUAUGGGAAUAAAAUAUACAGUUUUCAUAUUAAGAAAUAUUGACCUGGGGAUUUUAAUUCAAUGGAGGCUCAAGCAUUAUGCAUGUGAAAAGAAGCCUCCAAGAUGCACUACUGUAUUUUUUGUUAUUAAAAUUAACAAGACUAAAUCAUAUGCCUACUCAGUUUUUUUCUAUAUAUACAUAUAUAUAUAUCCCAUCACAAUUGUUUUGCUGUUUUUUGUCAGUUUCAGGUCUGAGGGAUUUUGAACUGGCAAGGAAUAGUUAAAGCUAGCAGUUGAGAGUCCAGAAAUGCAGAACUGAAAGGCAAUACCUUGCUGGGAUUUGUUUUAAAUUAAAUACAUCACACAUUCUGUUGCAGCAUGUGACCUAUAUGCUUCAUUUAAUAGAAUAAUGUGUCUUGAUUGUACUUCUGUCACACUCAGCAGCUUACAACCGCCUGGAACCAAAGCCAGCUGUGUAAUACUGGCAUCUGCUAAAAGUUAGUGUUGUUCACACUAGCUUCAAUCCUGCCAAGGGUCUGCACUGGCUAAAGACAGGAAUAUGUUUGUCUAGCUAGAUCCUUGCUUCUUUCUCUUCAACCGCUGUUCUUAUUCUUGUGUUGAAGGUACCGAAUGUUUUCCCUUUGCAAAUAUUACUGCUUGUGUUGGUUGACAUGUAAUACUGUACGGAGGAUGUUUUUGCUGUAAUAAUUCUGGAGGCAUUGUUUCUCACUGUAUUGAGGCCCAGUGUCAACAUGUUUUUUCUUUUAUUGUAAAAUACACUGAUUUUUUUCAUUCUAUCUAAUUUAAUAAAUGUAUCAUGUAUACCAAAA